AUGUCCGAAUCUGGUCUUCUCACAUCUUCGAUUCAAUAUGGAGUAGUGGCUCGCUCACUUCCGCUCAGCGGAAAAGUUCUCAAGGGGUAUCUCGAUGCUGCCGGAACAGGGUUGGGUAUAGGAAAUCCCAACGUUGAAUUCACACCGAACGUCUCUGCCUGCAGUCUCACUUCUGAUGGUGGCACUGCUAGGGCUUUCUGGGGGAAGCGCAAUGGGGAGGUGGCGGUAACUACCGCUGCUCGAGUCAUGGAUCCCGGGCGUGCCUCUUCAAAACUGGUUAGAUGCAAAGUCGAAGAUCAUCACGAUGGUAUCGUGAAUGAGAUCACUUUGGAUCCAGUUGUUGUUAGCCGAUUUGUAUCCGGAGGUGCCGACGGGCAGGUCAAGUUGUGGGAUACCAAGACGCUUGUGUGCUUGUGGUCUAGCAACAAGCAGCUCCUAUCGCUUGUAGUGGAUCCAUUCCUUAAGGUGUCUUCUGCUCUUGCGGAUGGCAUCAUCGUUGGUGUUUUGAAUAGCGGAGACAUUCUCCUGUGGACAUCAUCCCAACUGUCAGACGACUUCUCCAGUCCGACAUCAUUUGCACAACAUCGCAUUAUGCUCCCUAUUUCCAAGGAGCACCCGUCUCCCCAGGAUGCAAUCAUUCCCACACCAAAGCCAACGACGCUGCGUGUCCGUCGUCACUCACAGACAACGGCAGCACUGCUCAUCGGGUACUCCGAUCACCCAUUCUUCUAUCGUCUCGUAGUUGACCUUACAUCCGGCAAAUACGAAACUACCGCAUUUGGUGAUCCCUCAUUUGGAUACAACUCCAUCGUCGAACCUGCCUUUGCAGCUCAGCUAGAUGAUUGCAGUUUCAUCCUCACUGGUGAUCAGCUGGGUUACGUUGGCAUUUACGAUUGGGAUAUCCCUCAAACAUCUUCUGUUGUUGCACCUGCUCGCAGAUUUGAGGCCCAGGAAGAUGGCGCCGUGACUGCGCUUGCUUGGAGCUCGCUUGUUCUUGCCACAGGCUCUGCACGCGGAACGACGACGGUAUGGGACGCGCUCACCCUGGAGCCUCUUAGGCUCUUUUCGUCCCCUGUCCCCCGUGCUGCACCAGGUCGUGAAGUUGGAGGCGUCAGCAAGAUUCUGGUUGAAAAGGAGUUUUUGAUCAUCAUUGUUGGCAACAGGGUGAUGUCGUGGAAGGUGGGACAAGUACACGGUCGCGACGCUCCGCACAAGAGCAAACAUUCUCGCGCGAAGAAGAACCCAAUUUCCAAAGGACAACAGCGAUACGAUCUGAACAAAGACAUAAACGAAUCCAGACGUGAACUGGAACACGAGAAAGCUUAUACGCGGCACACCAUGGGGCGAGAGCGCGAGCAACGUUCCACUCUAAAUAUGCUUGGACUUUCGGAGUCAGAGGCAGUAGAAUAUGUGUUGAUGCUCUCCCGCGAGGAAGAGGAGCGCCGCCGACUUUCUCACACCAUCGAUGAAGGUGUCUUUGAGGGGGACUUUGAAGAUGAAACGUUCUUGCCAGUUACCUCAAGUUCUUCAACCACGCAUGGUCCCCUAUCACCUGGAUCGAACCAGUCUUCCUCCAGCUCUCUUUACAGUCAUCGUUCCCGCGCCUAUCCACGCGCCGCCCGUCCCGUAACGAAUGAGAAAGUACAGGUGUCUCCUCCCUUCGUUCCAGAACCUAUGGAAGCCGGGGUUACCAUCAGCCCGCUCAGGAUACCUACAUCGCUACCAGGUUCUUCGACAGCUACGAGAUCUUUACCCGACGUGGUUCGCAGCACGUCGUCAUCUUACGAGCACUUUCCCUCGAUCAGCUCCAGCAUUUCCUCAUCGACCAGCAGCCUAGAACACGUUCGACCUGCGUGGAGCACGCCCUCACGAUCGGCGCCUUCUUCCAAUGGAUCUUCAUCCCCACAUAUCGACACACCUAUCUUGCGCUCACUUUCUUCUGCGAGCGUGGAUAUUCACGAUAGGCGGUUUGAAGAAGAGCUCCAGAUGCCCCUGGAUUUAGAUGAAGUAGAUGAUGAUUUGAAGUUUGCGAUGGAGUUGAGCCUUGCGGAAGCGCGUAGUCGAGGCGAGGUUUGA